AUGAUUGUUGGGCUGUUAUUGAUGGAUGCUUGGGACUCUGACGUCGACCAGGACCCUCUCAGUCACAGGGACGUCGACCUGGACCCUCUCAGUCACAGGGACGUCGACCAGGACCCUCUCAGUCACAGGGACGUCGACCUGGACCCUCUCAGUCACAGGGACGUCGACCAGGACCCUCUCAGUCACAGGGACGUCGACCAGGACCCUCUCAGUCACAGGGACGUCGACCAGGACCCUCUCAGUCACAGGGACGUCGACCAGGACCCUCUCAGUCACAGGGACGUCGACACAGGACCCUCUCAGUCACAGGGACGUCGACCAGGACCCUCUCAGUCACAGGGACGUCGACCAGGACCCUCUCAGUCACAGGGACGUCGACCAGGACCCACUCAGUCACAGGGACGUCGACCAGGACCCUCUCAGUCACAGGGACGUCGACCAGGACCCUCUCAGUUACAGGGACGUCGACCAGGACCAUCUCAGUCACAGGGACGUCGACCAGGACCCUCUCAGUCACAGGGACGUCGACCAGGACCCUCUCAGUCACAGGGACGUCGACCAGGACCAUCUCAGUCACAGGGACGUCGACCAGGACCCUCUCAGUCACAGGGACGUCGACCAGGACCCUCUCAGUCACAGGGACGUCGACACAGGACCCUCUCAGUCACAGGGACGUCGACACAGGACCCUCUCAGUCACAGGGACGUCGACACAGGACCCUCUCAGUCACAGGGACGUCGACACAGGACAUGGUAG